UGUCAAUAGUUGUGUCGUGUUGACAACCGGAUCAAACAUAACCUUCCAAGUUUUGUUUGUUGACUUGUUAGGCAGUAUGAAAAAAAUCUUCUGUAAAAAUGUUUAAGAAUACAUUCCAGAGUGGUUUUCUCUCUAUUUUGUAUAGCAUCGGUAGUAAGCCUUUACAAAUAUGGGAUAAAAAGUACAAAAAUGGACAUAUAAAACGAAUCACUGACGAAGACAUUCAAUCUUUAGUACUGGAACUCAUAGGAUGUAACGUGAGUACCACAUACAUAACAUGUCCAGCCGAUCCGAAGAAGACGCUAGGAAUAAAAUUGCCUUAUUUAGUGAUGAUUGUGAAGAAUUUAAAGAAAUAUUUCACUUUUGAAGUGCAGAUUUUGGAUGACAAAAAUGUACGAAGAAGAUUCCGUGCGAGUAACUAUCAAUCUACAACUAGAGUCAAACCAUUUAUUUGUACAAUGCCUAUGCGGUUAGAUGAAGGUUGGAACCAAAUUCAGUUUAACGUUGCCGACUUCACGAGAAGAGCCUACGGCACCAAUUACGUUGAGACUCUACGAGUUCAAGUCCACGCGAACUGUCGAAUAAGACGGGUUUACUUUUCAGACAGAUUAUACUCCGAAGACGAACUGCCUGCUGAAUUUAAAUUGUUCUUACCGAUUCAAAACAAAUCUAAGUCACAUGUUUAGUUUUAAGUAAAAAUCCACUCAGUUUUUGUGAACACUGAAUUUGGACACUUUUUGCACUGAUCUCUUGUAGUGUGGGUAUUUUUGUUUUUAAUUAACUUAAAUGAUUUUUUAUGAUGUGCCUUUGGGUAUUUUUGUAAAUGUGUAG